AUGGCACGCCACAACAAACGAAAGCGUGAGGACGGCGAUCCCGACCCCGUUGCCGAUGCUAAUGGCAAUGGGUUCGGUGUUGCAGACACCCUUUCUCGCCUGAACGGCGCCUCGCCGAGCUCCGACCAAGCUACCCCCGAGAUAUCGCAGAUCACCAAAGAUGGACACCAGCCGAGCACCAAGAGGAAGCGUGUGGACGGAGAAAAGACCAAAUAUCCAGAUUUGACAUAUGUGGAAGGGAAAUUGCAGUCAUCAAUCAGGAUCGCAGACCUACAGGGCUUGCUGCUCUACUGCUUCGCAGAUGGGGUCGCACCCCAAUGGAUUUCGAUCAAACACUCUGGGCACAUGCGCAAGGUUGUCGUGCUAAUGGUUCCUGGAUUGGAGAUUGGAAUGUUUGAUGGUACACUGCCAUUGGGGCCUCAGCAAACCGAUGAGAACAAGGAUGGUGCGAAUCAACCAGAAGCGACAGACGAGACGGCGGACGAUCCCAAGAACGCCGACUUCGAGCGAUGGAAGCAUGGUUUACCUCUUGAAGACCGAUCACCGCGAUUCAAUCCUCGCCCUCUUUCUUCCGAUUCCCUGCCUGAGCCCUUGCGACCUUUGAGCAACAUGUUCCCGCAUAUCUGGCCCGUCAAAGCCCCCGGUGAUAGCAAGUACAACAAGGUGCAUUCGCCUCUGCAGGCCAUCUUAUUAUCAUCGCUGCCAAAGUCAAAGGAAGAAAAUGGCCGUGGAAAAGGACCACGACCUGCCAAAGUGGAUAAGAGCUUUGUGCCAAAACGCACCCCUAUUACGAGAUUUCUCAGCACGAUGGAGGACUUACGCGAGAAUGAGUAUACUCUUCACCCGGCAUUUUUCACCUCAGAAGAAGAGAAAGCAUCUCAGCUGCAAAGACGUCGUGAAGCGGAACAGUCAACGGAGCAUGGAUGGGUGGAUACGCUCAUCCCCACCCUGGAGGCGGGUGACGUGCCUGAUGCCGAGAUCGAAAAGGGCAGCAUGACCGCAGGCCGGAAUGUACUAUCUCUCGACUGUGAGAUGUGUCUCACAGAAGGUGGUCAGUCGGAACUUACACGUAUCAGUAUGGUUGGUUGGGAUGGCGAGGUUGUACUUGAUGAAUUGGUGAAGCCUGCUAAGCCGAUCGUCGACUACCUCACUCGCUUCUCCGGCAUCACACAGGAGAUGCUCGAUCCAGUCACUACCACACUGUCCGACAUUCAGCAAAAGCUGCUGACUAUCUUGACUCCUCGUACUGUUCUCGUCGGACACUCCCUCAAUUCUGAUCUUACCGCACUAAAAAUCACCCAUCCAUUUAUCGUCGAUACUGCCCAUAUCUAUCCGCAUCCUCGUGGCCCGCCAUUGAAGUGCAGUCUCAGGUGGCUGACCCAAAAAUACCUGAACAAGGAAAUUCAGAAGGGAACGACUGGCCAUGAUUCGGUCGAAGACGCUCGGGCUGUGCUCGACCUUGUCAAACUGAAGUGUGAAAAGGGCGAGCUCUGGGGCACGAGUGACGCCUCCAACGAAAGUAUAUUCCGUCGUCUUGGUCGAUCAAUCAAGCAUGGAAAGACCAGCAACCCUAGCGACGGACGGACCGGUGCCGUUGUUGACUGGGGAAACCCCGAGCGCGGGUUCGGCUCCCAAGCCACCGUUUCUAUUGGAUGUCGCGAUGACGAUGAUGUGGUCAAGGGGAUCGCAUCCGUUGUCAAAGGCGACGAAUCCAAUAAAUCCAUCCCAGGCGGUGGCGUCGACUUCACCUGGGCGCGUCUUCGCAACCUUGAACUUACUCGGGUCCACAACUCUUAUCCCCCCCCGGAAGAAACCACACCGACGACCAGCAUGACAUCACCUCCUACGGACAACAGCCUUGUCGAAACGGUCACCCGCACUGUCUCGGAUAUCACUCGCAUCUACGAGUCGUUACCGCCCUGCACGCUAUUCAUCGUUUACUCUGGCACCGGCGACCCACGUGAGGUCGGCCGACUGCAGGCUAUGCACCGAAAGUAUCGCGAGGAGUUCAAUGCGCGCAAGCCGUGGGAUGAGUUGAGUGUUAAGUGGACAGAUACCGAGGAGCAGGCGUUGAAGAAAGCUUGCGAGCGGGCACGUGAGGGAUGUGGUUUUAUGUGUAUUAAAUAG